AUGGAUUAUGAAGCUAGCUUGCACGAUGUCUUGGAGCGCUUGCUACAUGAUGAAAGUGCAAAGCCAUGUGCACUGCCACUAUCACUUCUAAGAGCCAUCACAAAUAAUUUCAAUGGUGCUUGGGAAAUUGGAAGGGGUGCGUUUGCUGCGGUUUACAAGGGUGUGCUUCGAAAUGGAACAGUCGCUGUGAAGAUGUAUCAACUGCAAGAUUUUCAUGAUAAAAGAUUCCAUAAUGAGCUCAGUUGUCACAUGGGGUUGAAGCACAAGAAUAUAGUCCGAUUACUGGGAUAUUGUGCUGAAACACUGUCGGAGAUGGUGGAGUACGAGGGAAAAAUGAUCUUGGCAGAAAAGCCUGAAAGGGGAUAUACGGCACCUGAAGUCUUAGAUAAGGGAGAGGUCACAUUGAAGGCGGACAUAUACAGCCUUGGUGUUCUAAUCAUGGAGAUACUGACAGGGCAGAAGGAAUAUUGCGUAGUAGAGAAUGUACUCGAAAGCUGGGCUGACAGAUUGGGAACAUCACUAGAAGACACGCGCUUGGAACAAAUACGAGUAUGUGCUGAGAUUGCCAUAAGUUGCUGCAACCUUGACCGUAAGAAGAGACCAGAUGCAGGGCAUAUAAUCAAGAUGCUCGAUGAAACGGAAAGUACGGAUCAGUUUACCGAACCUGAUGAAAAGGAAUCUGUGGACGAGUUUAAACCUGAUGAACAGGUCAGUGUGCCCAGGUGA